AUGGCAAUAAAUUAUGCAAAAGUGGCAAAAACCCCUUAUAUUUUCAGACAAUUAACGGGUCUAAAAACAGAAGAAUUUGAAAAAAUCGUGGAAAAAGUGAGGCCGGAGUGGGAAAAAAUGGAGGCAACAAAGAAAUGUCACGGAAGAAAAUCGCACGUUGAAACACUAGAAGACAAAAUAUUAUGCGUUCUCAUUUAUUAUAGAACGUACAUAACACAUCCAUUUUUGGGAUUUUUAUUCAAAUUGCACAACUCAAAUAUCUGCCGAUUACUGAAGAAAAUGGAGCCAUUGUUGGCAAAAAAAGUUACCAUAAAAAAGGAUAGAACCUUAACGCCCGAAAGGAUUUUGAAGAUUUUAGCAGAUGUUACAGAACAGCCGAUACAGCGACCAAAAGACAGCAAAAAACGUAAAAAAAGUUACUCUGGCAAAAAGAAAACAACGACCAUAAAAACCGAAAUUAUAAUCGAAGAAAGUGGGCAAAUCUUGUCGGUUUCAAAGUCGCAUCGAGGUCGAAUGCACGAUUUUCGCAUAAGAAAACAGGAGAAAAUGCUGCCAAGAGAUAGUAUAAAACACGCUGAUUCCGGCUAUCAAGGAUGGCAAAAAGNGGCGGAGCACAAAUAG